ACACGUCUUCUAAUCUCCUAUAAAUACUCACUCCCAUUGACACCCACACUUACCACCACCACCCAUACAACACAAACUCUUCCAUUCUCAACUCUCAAUGGGCGCGAAGAAGAAAUCAGCUGCCAACAAGGACAACGACGACACCGUCGCCACCGUCGUUUUACGCCUACUGAUGCAUUGCGACGGCUGCGCUUCCAAAACCCUCAAACGCCUUCGCGCCUUCCAAGGCGUGGAGACGGUGAAGCUGGAGAGCGACGCCGGGAAGGUCACGGUCACCGGGAAAGUGGACCCCGCCAAGUUGAGGGACUACCUCGCGGAGAAGACCAAGAAGAAGGUCGAAAUCCUCUCUCCGCAGAACAAGAAGGAGAAGGAGAAGGAGAACAAGGACGCCAAAACUAACAACAAAUCAGAGGACAAAACCGACGAUAAGAAAACCAAAGACAAAGAGGUGGUGACCACCACGGUUCUGAAGGUGGCAAUGCAUUGCCAGGGAUGCAAAGACAGGAUUUGCAGGAUUGUGUACAAAACCAAAGGAGUUCAAGAAAUGAACGUUGACGAGGAGAAGGAAACAGUGACUGUGAAGGGGACCGUGGACAUUAAGGCUCUGGCGGGGAAUCUUACGGAGAAGCUUAGGAGGGAGGUUGUGGUGGUUCCUCCCAAGAAAGGCAAGGACGGUGAGAAGGAAGGUGGUGAGAAUGAAGGAUCAGGGAAGAAGAAGAACAAGGGUGGCAGUGGUGGAGGAGAUAAGAAUGAGAAUGUUGAAGUGGAAGGAGAGAAAAUAUAUAACAGAAUAGAGCAUUUGGUACCUCCCUUUGGUUUUGGUUAUGGUCAUGGGCAUGGGCAUGGUUUUGGGCACGGCUAUGUUGGUGGGUAUAGCUAUGUGCCAGUGUACCCAGAGCAGAUGCACCUUCACUUGCAUGCACCACCACCACAAAUGUUCAGUGAUGAGAACCCGCAUGCUUGUUCCGUCAUGUGAGUGACGUGUCAGAUAUUAAUUUCGUUCAACUGGGUGAUGGAUGACGAUGGUUUUUGGCAGGGGUGGAGACUAGAGUCUAGACUAUUUCUAUUAUAUUCUUUUUCACUUUUAGUUAUUAGAAUUCCACGGGAGCUUUGAGUUUGAGAUGUUUGUGCUUAGCCCAAAAAAGGGUUUUUAUGUGAUUAGUUAACCAAUACCGUUUGUUUAUUAUUUUAAAUGGCGAUCAAUAGCAGUUUCAGAAUUUGUUAUUAGUUGAUGCAUAAUGUAAAUGAUAAAUAUGGAAAUUGGAAUCUAUCACUAUUGUCUCA